AUGGGCGACAUUUCUGAAGACGAAGUUUUAUCGCUCAUUAUUAGUCAACUUAUUGCUUAUGGUUAUUCAGCUGUUGCUCAAAGUGUAGCUGACGCGACAGGAGCUUCAAGUGAUAUGAUGCCCAGUACUAGAUUAUCAGAAUUAAUACGAAUUGCUAAAGAAAAGGGCGAAGAAGAAGAAUCUGAAGAUAAUUAUUCUGUUAAAGACUUUGAUCAUGAAUUACCACAAGAAGAAAUGGACGUAAGCACAACGGCUACUGGAUUUGACAUGGAAUACAUGCAAAACGCUCAGCCUAAAACUCCACCCGAUUAUAAUCAAUUAUACUUUACUCAACACAAAGGGCCAUGCCGUACAGCUAUUUUCAGUUCAGAUGGCCGAUUUGCAGCUACAGGUUCACAUGAUUCAUCUCUUAAAUUACUUGACGUUAGUAAAAUGAAGAACAGAUCUGGUGAUGUUGGAGAUAAACCUGUAAUUCGUACUUUAUAUGAUCAUACAGAACAAGUCAAUGAUCUAAGCUUUCAUCCAAAUGGCCUAGUUCUUGCCAGUUGCUCUAAUGAUCAGAGUAUUAAACUAUUUGAUUUAUCAAAAGCAGGAGUUAAAAGAGCAUUUAGGUAUUUGCAGGAUGCUCAACCUGUUAAUUCAAUUUGCUUUCAUCCUUCAGGCGACUUUUUACUAGCAGGCACAAAGGAUGCAUCUAUUCGUAUUUAUGAUGUGAAAACACUUCAAUGUUAUACAAAUGCCAGUAGUGCAGAAAUGCAUCAUGGAUCAAUUUCACAAAUUCGAUAUUCUAAUUCAGGAAAGAUAUUUGCCACUUCUUCAUUAGAUGGAACAGUACGUAUUUGGGAUAGUGUAUCAUCUCAGUGUAUAAAGACAUUUGAUUCUGCACAUGGUGGAACCGCUGUUUCAAGUGUUCGAUUUACAAAUAAUGAAAAAUAUGUGCUGACGGCAGGUUUAGAUUCGACCAUUCGUUUAUGGGAAAUUACAAGUGGUAAUAUUUUGAUGGAAUAUAAAGGUCAUGACCAGCAUUCACAGUUGCUUCAGCCUACAUUUUCAUAUAAUGAGGACUUUGUAUUGAUUGGUGAUGAAUCAUCGACGGAUGCUAUUUGUUAUGAUACAUAUACAGGUGUUUUAUUAAAGAGAAUUACUGGACAUAAUAAUAUUGUUAGAUGUAUUGCUGCAUCGCCUACAGACAAUGGCUUUUUGACAUGCAGGUAA